AGCUUCAAUCAUACUUCACUCUGUUACAACCCUGUAUAUAAAACCCAUUCAGUCUUAUCUCAUUUGGCAUCCAUCAAUCCAGCCUUCACCUUCCUCCUACAAUUCUCUUUUAUUUUCUCUUACUCUCUUUGCAAUUCUCCGACACUCAAUUUGUUCUCUAAAACAUCAUUAGUGCCACUAGUGAAUUAUUAGUACUCAAUCAAUUUUCAGAAGAACAAUGCAGAAAAUUAUAGUGUCCCUUGAUUUACACGACGACAGAGGCAAACAGAAAGCCAUGAAAUCAGUUUCUGGGCUGUCAGGGGUUGAUUCGGUAUCAAUAGAUAUGAAAGAAAAGAAAUUAACAGUAAUUGGAGAUGUUGAUGCACUACUAGUUGUAAAGAAACUCAGAAGGCAUUGUCAUACUGCAAUAGUUUCAGUUGGGCCAGCAAAAGAACCAGAAAAGAAGGAGGAACCGAAGAAAGUAGAACCGAAGAAAGUAGAACCAAAGAAAGUCACUAAUGAUCCUGUAGUUGAUUAUGUUAAUGCUUAUAAAGCAUAUAAUCCUCAUAUGACUACACAUUAUUUUGUUCAGAGUGCUGAAGAAAAUCCAAAUGCUUGUGUUAUUUGCUAGAUGCAAUUCAUUUUAUUAACUUUUAGAUCCCUACUCGAUUUCAUUGAAGAAUACUAACAUUUGCACAAUUGAACUUUAUUUUUCUUGCUCGUAUAAUUUUUUUUUUAAUUUAGAUUCAUUUGAGUUCAAGGUUAAUGUUUAAGAGGAAAUAACAUGUACUGUACUUAUGCUAUUUGGAAAUCAAAAUGAAAGGCAUUGUUCUACUA